UGAGAGCCGGGCGCUUGGAUCGUUUGGAGCUUCAGGAAGAAGAGAAAGGAAAAGAGAGAACGAGAAAGACCAUUGGGAAAGACUCGAAGAGCAGGAAUACAAGACCAAUUUUUGGAAAGGAUAUUUGAAAAAGGACAGCAAAAAUGGGAAGACUUAUCAAGAACCACUGGGCCAGACUCAUUGCUCUCACGGCUGCAGCUUAUCAAGUUGCUUCCGCACUAGAGGGAUUCUUCUGGCCUAAGAUAUUCUUCGACUUCCUUACGAAAACGUUAGAUCCGGCCGUGAAGCCGGUUCCUGCGUUACAAAUUAUCAACCUACUCUUGGGGUUAUGGAUAUUCGCAUGGGAGUGGCCGCUAGGCCUCAUCGCCGGUUCUUCGAUCCACCGCAGCCUCGAGGCUCGACUCGCUUCGUUCCCGCUAGCAUCGCUCGCUUCCAUCCUCCUUUACCAAGGAACUAACCCUGCUAUCUACUACAUAGUGGCGAUGGUCGUUUACUUUUGGGCAUACAGCGAAGGCGAAAUUAUCUGCGCUAAACCAUGGACUCUGCCGCAACGAGGCCGCCCCGGCGGUUCCAAGGCGUAGAGGUAGAUACGGCGACUACCUCACGCCCGAUCGAGCGGAUUGCACCUGGGUCGUGUACAUGUCAAACUAGUUUCGCCUCUUUUUAUCUUCACAUUCCCAUAUUUUAGCGUGGGAUUGGGUUCUUAUGAACCCUUUUGUGAAGAAAGGGGACGAGACCGCUGUACAUACGAAACAGCUCCUCAAAUUUCUACUUCUGAGGAAUGAAUAUAAAACCCCUGAUGUAUCUGCAUUACCAUAUAUAAACUUGGCAUCGUCUGUUUAUAAAGAAGAAAAAAGAAAACAAAGCGUUAUUAUCAAUAAUUUAGGAACUACCAUCUACUGUGGUUUCUACUCUCCCAUCGAAUUUCCAAGGCAUUUACACACAAUAUACCGGCGUUGAUAGCUAUUUAUUUUUGGAGGCAUUUUGGGGGUACUUUUGCCAGUUGGCAUGAAAGAGGAGGAUACAACACCGGGUGUUUGCAUUUGAGGAGGGAGAGGAUAUUUACGAAUGAAGCAUGAUUGCGAUACGGCCGGCUUCACCCUAUAUGCGGGAGUAUGUAUAUCUGAUGGUGGUCGUAGUAGUAGUAUUGGAAAUGGUGGUGGCUGUGAAGCACAUACAUGCACAUAGCAUACAUCCUACGAUGCUCGUGUAGCGCACCCUAUAACUAAUAAUACCAACGUAGUGAAACCACACUUAUUUUUCUUAAUU